ACGACGCUUAUGUUAUAGUACAAGGGAACAAACAUAUUUUACAUACAUUCCUGCUUUAGUUAGUAUAUUAGUAAUUAUGUUUUGAACAAAACAAGUAAUGGUUAGUGUAAUGGGUGAUUAGAUAAUAAUGUUUUUGAUAGUUUUUCUCAGUUGGUGAUAAGUCAGGGGUCAUAAACUUUUUGAUAAAGAUAACUUGUUAUGUAAUUGCCAGUGAGUUGUGAGUUUUGCGGCUAACAGUCGUGUGUGCACUGUGUUUAAGAUUUCAAGAUGUCCGCUACCAAGCCUGUAACGAAGAAGAUCAUAAACUCCCCGGAGACAUGCGUGGACGACAACCUGCGCGGCGUGGUGGCCACCUACCCCUCACUGCGGCUCCAUCCAAGGCACAGGGUCAUCACUGUUCGGCAAAAGAGCGACACUGGAAGGGUAGCUGUUCUUGGAGGAGGUGGUUCAGGACACGAGCCCUUUGCCGCUGGUUUCGUGGGAUCCGGCAUGCUGGAUGGAGCAGUGGCUGGUGGUGUAUUCGCUUCUCCCCCUACUGGGCACGUGCUGUAUGCCAUUGCACAGUUGUACAAGUAUAAUACAGGUGGUGUCCUAGUCAUCCUCGGCAACUACACAGGAGACAGAUUGAAUUUCGGAAAAGCUAUAGAAAAGGCCAAGAUUUCUGGAAUAAAGGUGGAAGGUCUGAUCGUAGGUGAGGAUGUAGCUUCCAGCAAGAACAAGACUGGAGGGCGCAGUAUGGUGGGAGAGGUGCUCUUCUAUAAGUUAGCUGGAGCGUUAUCGCUAAGAGGCUACGAGCUGACAGCUAUCCGCGACGAAGCAGCGGAGUUCAACAAAUAUAUGGCUACGUUGGGCGUCUGUCUUAGUGCCUGCUCAUUGCCUGGUCAGCCACCGCUGUUUGAAAUAGCAUCAGACGAAAUAGAGCUCGGUGCAGGAGUGCACGGAGAGGCCGGGAUUGAGAAGAUGAAGAUGGGCACUGCUAAGGAAGUCGUCGGCAUGAUACUCAACCAGAUCAUCGCACAUCUAAAGCUGGUGGCAGGCAACAGAGUGGUCGCCAUGGUAGGCAACCUAGGAGGCACUUCUGUGUUUGAAAUGAACAUCAUCAGCGCCGAGGUUAAGGAGCAACUAGAAACCAAAAACAUUAAAGUGGAGCGCAUAUACUCUGGACACUUCAAGACUUCUCUAGAGAUGCAGGGCUUCCAGAUCUGCCUCGUAAACUUAAACAAAGAGAAGGGGGAUCUAUGGCUGGAGCUGUUGGAUGCACCUACUGUCGCCAGCGCGUGGAGUGGGGGACUACUGUCUGGGAGGAUUGAGGGGGAUGAGGAACAUGGAGAUGAUGACACCUUGCUACAGGCUGGUGGGAGGAAGGGUUCAUCAGGCCCAUCGCUUACACCCAAACAGCAGGAGUUAUUCCGUGGUAGCUUACUGGCGGCAGCGGAAGACCUCAUCAAGAAUGAGGCGUUACUAAACAAGUUGGAUUCAGGAUGUGGCGACGGUGACUGUGGGAUUACGCUGAAGAACUUCGCAUUGGCAAUUCAAUCAUAUCUAAAGACAGCAUCAGUAGAAUAUCCAUCGAACGUGCUAUGGGAUCUGUCAGAGAUCGCGGAGACUGACAUGGGAGGCACGUCUGGAGGGAUCUACAGCUUGGGACUGGCUGCUGCUUCUCAAGCUUUGGCUAGUGCUGAAUCUAUAGAUGUUGGAUCGUGGUUAAAAGCCUGGGAUAAUGGAAUGCAUGCUAUUUCUAAAUAUGGAGGGGCAGAGCCAGGAGACAGGACUAUGUUAGACACGUUACAAUGCGCAUCAAGGACGUUCAGACACAACCUGAAUACCGACCUGAGAGUGUUGUUCAAGAAGACCGUGGAUGCUUCAGAAGAAGGAGCUAAAGCCACAGCUAAAAUGGUUGCUAGGGCGGGUCGUGCGUCGUACGUGUCCCCGGAGUACGUGCAGGACGAGGACGCCGGCGCGCGCGCCGCCGCGCUCUGGAUCAAGGCCAUGCUCACACACCUAGCUGACAAUGCGUGAAUGACUACACUAGUACAAACAUGAUUUUAUUGUAACUUUCGUGAGACAUACUAAAUUAAUUACUAUGUUAUCGGCUUACUCACGUAUUUGUUUGACGAGGAACUCGACUAGUUUCAAGCCAUGCUAGAGGCUCAUAUUCAUUAGCAACAUUCCGCGACACACGACGCGGCGAUUGUCGCGCUGCUACUGGUCGAAUGAAACUAGUCAAGUUCCUCGUCAAACAAUUACGUGAGUAAGCCGAUAACAUAGUAAUUAAUUUAGUACAAGCAUGUAAAAUGAAUGUGAUACCAAUUGAUACGAAUGUUUAUAUAUCUCAGUGUAUGUGGAAGUACUAAUUGUACGAUAUUUCUUUUUAUAUUUAUGAGCAUACACAAUAAAAUGUUGAUUUACCUA